AUGUCAGGCUCGGGCAGGAAGGACUUUGACGUGAAGCACAUCUUGCGCCUUCGCUGGAAACUAUUCAGCCACCCGUCGGCGCCGGCCGGGCCGGUGGGGGGCGGCUGCUUGCAGCCGGACGGCAGCUUCGAGCACUGGGGGCCGAGCCAGAGCCGCCUGCUGAAGAACCAGGAGAGGGGCAGCAGCGCCUUCUGGAAGAAAUCCUCUUCCUCCAGCCCGCUGAACGGGACCCUGCUGCCCGCCACCAGGCAUGGGCUGGGGCAGCGGCCAUCGCCCAGGACCGUCUUCUACGUGGAGACCCUGGAGGAGGAGGAGGUGCGCGGCGGGAUGGAGCUUACCCGAGAGCAGGAGAAGUCGCUGGUGCUGCAGGAGAUGAAGGAGGAGCCGGCGGACUGUUCGGACUGCAGCAGCCAAGCAACAGGUGAAGGAUGUGGACACAGGUUGUCAGCAGCCGGCCAUCCCCUGACACCUCAAUGUGAUAUGGACUCCAGUAGCUCUGAGGAGUUCUAUCAGGCAGUGCACCAUGCUGAACAAACCUUCAGAAAGAUGGAAAGCUACUUGAAGCAACAGCAACUCUGUGAUGUUAUCCUGAUUGCUGGGAACCGUAGGAUACCUGCACAUAGGCUUGUUCUCAGUUCUGUCUCUGACUACUUUGCUGCCAUGUUUACAAGUGAUGUUUGUGAGGCCAAGCAAGAGGAGAUCAAAAUGGAAGGCAUCGACCCUAAUGCGCUGUGGGAUCUUGUUCAGUUUGCAUACACAGGUUGCUUGGAAUUGAAGGAGGACACCAUUGAAAACCUUCUGGCAGCUGCCUGCCUCCUUCAACUCCCACAAGUAGUAGAGGUUUGCUGCCAUUUUCUAAUGAAGCUUUUACAUCCAUCCAACUGUUUGGGAAUACGAGCAUUUGCUGAUGCACAGGGGUGCACAGAUCUUAUGAAUGUGGCACACAGCUACACAAUGGAGAACAUAAUGGAAGUUAUUAGAAAUCAAGAGUUUUUACUACUUCCGGCUGAGGAACUACAUAAACUUCUUGCCAGUGAUGAUGUGAAUGUUCCUGAUGAAGAGACUAUUUUCCAUGCCUUAAUGAUGUGGGUUAAAUAUGACAUGCCGAGGAGAUGUAGUGACCUCAGUAUGCUGCUUGCCUAUAUCAGAUUACCACUGCUUCCACCACAGAUAUUGGCUGACCUAGAAAAUCAUGCACUUUUUAAGGAUGACUUGGAAUGUCAGAAGCUAAUUCUGGAAGCUAUGAAAUACCAUCUUUUACCAGAAAGAAGAACUCUAAUGCAAAGUCCAAGGACUAAACCUAGAAAAUCUACAGUUGGAACACUGUAUGCUGUUGGAGGAAUGGACAACAACAAAGGUGCUACAACUAUAGAGAAGUAUGAUCUCAGGACAAAUAUAUGGAUCCAGGCUGGAGUGAUGAAUGGCAGGAGGCUGCAGUUUGGUGUGGCUGUCAUUGAUGACAAACUCUUUGUUAUUGGAGGCCGGGAUGGUUUAAAGACAUUAAACACUGUUGAAUGUUACAAUCCAAAAACCAAGGCUUGGACUGUCUUACCCCCAAUGUCAACACAUAGGCAUGGUUUAGGUGUUACAGUACUUGAAGGGCCUAUUUAUGCAGUGGGUGGCCAUGAUGGCUGGAGCUAUUUGAACACGGUUGAGAGGUGGGAUCCACAAAGUCAGCAGUGGACAUUUGUGGCAAGUAUGUCAAUUGCCAGAAGCACUGUUGGAGUGGCAGCAUUAAAUGGCAAGUUAUAUUCAGUGGGAGGUCGUGAUGGAAGUUCUUGUUUGAGUUCAAUGGAGUAUUAUGAUCCUCACACAAAUAAAUGGAAUAUGUGUGCUCCAAUGUGUAAGAGAAGAGGAGGCGUAGGUGUGGCCACAUGUGAUGGCUUUCUCUAUGCAGUUGGAGGCCAUGAUGCUCCUGCUUCUAACCACUGUUCCCGACUUCUGGACUAUGUAGAAAGAUAUGAUCCAAAAACGGAUACUUGGACAAUGGUGGCUCCAUUGAGUAUGCCUCGAGAUGCAGUUGGUGUCUGUCUUCUUGGUGAUAAAUUAUAUGCAGUGGGUGGAUAUGAUGGCCAGACAUACCUGAACACUAUGGAAUCAUACGACCCUCAAACUAAUGAAUGGACGCAGAUGGCUUCCCUAAAUAUUGGAAGAGCUGGUGCCUGCAUCGUAGUCAUCAAGCAACCGUGA